AUGGAGGGCCGCAAGCAGGGACGGCCGGAAGAGGAGCUCUUCUUGCGCCCUUCAGACACGCCAGAGACGCCCACUGUCGGUCCGCUGAGGAUCCAGAAGAGGGAAUCAGCCUCAAAGAGCCCUCCCCCGAGGACGGACUCGGCGGGCAGCUCCAACCAGCCGGCUUUCUCGCGCCCUCCGCCUAUGCCAACGUUCCCGGCACCGCCUACGACGGCGUUUCCAGCACCGCCUACGCAUCCUCCCACCGCGCCGUUACCUUACCCGGACGAUCGACCACCGAAGCAGCAUACGUUAGUCCAGGGCCGAUACACACCACUGAGUGAGAGAGAACGGGCAACGAAGAAUGCGACUCCACCAGAGCUAGAUGGACGGAGACGGGGCUCCUCAAGCGCGACAGGUCCCAGUCCCAGUUCGCCAGGCUCGCGCGCCCGGUUCGAUGCGCACGACCCCAAUAGACCGUCAGUGGCAGGCUACGGCGGACCCGGCAGAGCUUCAGAUGGAUCAAUACAGCCGUCAAAGUUGGCGGAGCGGAGAGGAACUGCGCCCAAGCCUCUCCCAGAGUCUCCAGGCCCAGAGACCCCUGAUAAGGAGGGCUUGUUCCAGCGGCCACCGCAGAGGGAAGGAGGCCCCGACGCAAACCCGUUUCCUGCCUACCACCAGCAGUACUGGCCUCCACCAGCAAAUUCGGCUGGUCCGAAGUCACCAGAGCCGGCACUGCAGAUCCCCAACCCUGGCGGUAUCAAUCGACUGAGCUCCACCGCGUCUACCUCCACCACGAAAGCGCAGCGAGGCUCUCCCCCACCACCGGAGACGCCCAUAAUGCCUCCUCCUAGCGGCGGUAUCGAAGCGCGAUUUGCUGCGGCGGGAAUCGCUGGCGCCUCUACGCUGACGAGUCUACAAGCGCAGACCGCGCAGAGUGCUGCUGCUGCUCAGCGGAAUCAGGCCUACGCCGGUGCACAACCAAGGCCGGGUGUCACCUCACCAUCGGCAACACAGCAACCUCCGAGGAGGCCUUGGACUCCAACCGAGCAGCCUGGAAGCCAGCCACACGGUCCUCCCACCGUGUACCAGGGCAUGAACCAGGUCGGACCGUCGAGCAGCCCUCCCCAGGCGCCACUUCCCCAAGUUCCUACCCAUACUCCUUCACCGGCACCCGCGAAUAUACCGCCAGAACACCCCUUGACGCACGAUAUGGGGCGUAUGAACUUGAACGAGGAGCCACCACCGGCGUACUCGAGCAUCCAGCAUCCUGCGGCCACACAAACGCAAGGCUACCCGAACGAGAAAGGUAGACAAGCCACUCCUGCCCAGGCACCCCAAGCUCAAGCUGCGCCGCCGGCGUCUGAACCGAGCUUGCAGGGACAUCCUGCAUUUGCCAAUGAUGCACGACCCCAGCAAGCAACUGCCUCAACGCAGCCCACGGGAGUGGUGGCUCCAACGCCAACAGCGAGCCAGUUCCCACCACAAGCACAGCAGACACACCAUGGCACCACGCCGAGUCCGGCGCCCGCACCGGGACCCGGCCCUGCGUCUCCUCCGCCGCUUCCUGAAGGCUGGAUAGCUCAUCUUGAUCCAAACUCAGGCCAGUACUACUACAUUCACCUACCUACGCAGUCCACACAAUGGGAGUUCCCGAAGGGCCCAACCCCGCUGAACUUGAACGAGCCCAUGUCUCCGACCAACUCGUAUGCCAAUCCGCUGAGUUCCCCGGCGUUCGGAAAGACACCACUAGCAUCGCCUGGAUUUCCUACACAGUCAGCCGGCUAUCACGGUGAUAUGAUGGGUAUGGCGCCGCUCGCGACUCCUACCACGAGUGGCUUCACAGGACCGCCUCCCACCGCCGGCGUGGACAUGUACAAAGUUGCUCCCACCAACAGCGUGUACUUCGGCCCCUACCUGAGGUACACGAACAUGGACAUUGAGCGAGGUCUGUGGCUCGGCUCGAUCCUCCUAGUCACAAACACCCCGCAUCCGCCAACGAUCCAUAUCCAUCAGAGCGUAGACCUGUCGCCGAAUCCACGCCAGCUAAAGGCAAACCCCAUCUACACGCAUCAGACGUGGAUAUUCUACCGCUACGACGUCGACCUCAAGAUGGAGGAGGACCACGCAGCAAAGUGGACGUACGCCAUCACCUCGCACCUGGGAUGUACGCGCUUCGAGUUCUUGGUUGCAGGGCGCCACGAGACCAGCUGGCGCUUCAUUGCUCACUCGGGCAAUGACUUCGCUCUGAAUGUGAAUGCGAACGAGAGAGCUAAGCUUGGCGGGGUCGGGUUCAUGUGGAAGGACAUCCUGCAGAAGAAUGCGGAAUGCGGCGGUUUCCACGUGCAGCUUGGGCUAGGCGGGCAGAUAUAUGCCGAUCGGCUGUGGAAGGAGAUUCCUCUUCUCAAGCAGUGGACAGCAAUGAGCGGCAAGGAGAACCGCAAGAACGCGCCCUGGACGGCGAAGCAUGAAGAGGAGGUUUGUCACGCGUACUUCCACUACUACACCAGCCAUUUCGAUCAGCCACACCUUAGAGAGGCGUUUGCACAGAUUCCCCAUAUCCUGGCUCUCGAUGAUCAUGAUAUUUUCGAUGGUUUCGGCUCGUACCCUGAGUACAUGCAGUUCUCCAACAUGUUCAAGAACAUUGGGCGAAUAGGCAUCGAGAUGUACCUGCUGUUCCAGCACCACACCACCUUGGAGAUCCUCCGCAACGUGAGCAACGAGGUGGACCUCUUCACGAUUACGGGCACUGGGUGGCACUUCAUCAAGUAUCUCGGACCCUGCGUCGUCGCCGUCGGACCAGACUGCCGCUCCGAGCGAAACCCGCAUCAGGUGAUGGCUGGUCCAACGUACCAGGGCAUCUUUCCCAAGGUUGCUACGCUUCCGCCCAGCGUGCAGCAUUGCAUAUGGAUGGUUCCGGUUCCGAUCGUCUACCCCCGCCUGGAGUCGGUAGAGCAUCUUGCCACGUCGAUGGCAACCGGGAAGAAAGCCGUGACCGGCACCUUCAACAUGCUCGGCAAGGUUACUAGCUCUGUCGCAGGCGUUGUGGGUGCCAAGAACGUGGUCGGCGACGGCUUCAACUCGGUCAAGAAAGCGAUCGGAAAGUCUGGUCUCAUGAGCGGCGUGCUGAGCCCAUUCGGCGAGAUUGAUCUCCUCGACGAGCUGAGAGACCAGUGGACACACGACUCGAAGGAUCUCGAGCGCACAUACUUCAUCCGCACCCUCCAAGGCAUCUCGCACAACAAGUCGCUCCGCAUGACCUUCUUCUCCGGCGGCGUCGACUGCUGCGGCGCAGGCCUCGUGCACGACCCGUCCAAGCCGCAGGACCACAAGACCAUGUACCAGAUCAUCAGCUCGUCGGUCGUCAACGCGCCGCCGUCCAACUACGUGCUGCGGCUGCUGCACAACAACCGCGCGCUGUACAUCCCGCAGAACGGGCACCGCAGCAACCACGCGCCGUCGGACACCAAGGAGGACAUGAUGGAGAUCUUCACACAGGACGUCAACGGCACGCCGCGCGAGUACAAGCGGCUCAUGGGCCGGCGCAACUACGUCGCCUGCGUCAUCUACGACCCGGAGAUUGUGAACGGCACGUUCGGCCAGGCGGUGCCGGGCCACGGCAGCGGCAAGCUGUCGUUGGCGGUGGACUUCAUGGUGCAGAACGACGGGCCGUACAGUGCGCCGAUGAAGUAUGGCCCGGUUAUUGUGCCGAGUCUGGAGUAUGGACGGUGA